CGUACCCUGGUGACGAGCCGAGCAGUUGUCAUAGUUGAUGUUUGGACGCUAGACACAGAUACAGAUGCACCAUUUUCCCUACAAAUCGUUAAAUAAAGCAGCUUGAAGCCCAAAUCUUGUGAUAGGACAGUACACAAACAUAAGAAUCGUUCAGCCAUGGCAGAUUUCGAUGAUUUCCCAAUGAGUGACCCUGAGCCAGAAGAACCACCAGUCGUGUCGACACCUGCACCUGUUAUACCCAUAGUGGACAUCCCUACUGCAGAACCCCCUCCCUCACCCUCGCAACAUGGAGACGACCAAUCAACAGCCAGGGACUCACCUAGUGAGGAGGAAACAGAGACAGGGCAGUCGGAGGUGGACUCUGAGAGACCCCCGAGCACCCGCCGCAAAACCAGACGUAAGAAGAAACGUCUGGUGAAUGGGGUGGACAUGACGCCUCCGUCGGAGCUGCUCAGGAAGGCGGAGAGGAGGGCCAAGAAGUACCGGGGGGACAAAAAGGUAGAUGAGUGUAUAGCAGAGUUAGUCAGAUGUACGGCCCUGUCCAGAGUUGUGUAUGGAGAUGGUGACUGGAGACUGGCAGAGGCUCACACCAACCUGGCAGCCGGCUAUCUGGAACUCAGGGGCUUGGCUCCCCAGGCCCAACAGCAUGCAGAGACGGCACGUUCUAUCCUGCUGGGAGGGGUGCACACUUCUCACUCCAGCGAGACCAAAGCUCGGAUCCUGGAGGUCCUGGUCAACAUGCACCUCAUCCUGGGCAGGGCUCUCACUUCUCAGAAAAAAUUUCGUGAGGCCGAGCACUCCUUAAACAGAGCGUCUAAGGUGUGUGAGGAGAGACUGAAGGUACCCGGCCUCAACAGACUGGAACAGGCAGACCUGGAGACUAGGGUGGCCAUCGCUCAGGGAAAACUGUACCUUGCUGACAAGAAUCCUUCAAAAGCAGCAAGAUUCAUGGAAAAGGCUGAAGACCUGAUUAAGGAGAACCAUGGAGAAGACAGUGUGCAGCUGAUUCCUGUGUACCAGGAUCUGGGGAGGAUAGAGCAGAGUAAGGGUGACGACACAGACCAUGACAAGGCUGUGGAGUAUUUCCUACAGGCUCACUCCAUCUCUGGAGCCAGCUACGAGUCAGGGAGUGUGGAGAUCGGGAAGACGGCGUACGCACUGGCCAUGGCGUACUCAGCUUCAAACAUCGCAGAAGGAGAAGCUUCAGCAGAGACGUACCUGGAGGAGUGUGUGGGUAUCUACCAGGUGACGUACGGACCUCACCACCCAGAGACACUGAGGGUACAGGACCAGCGAUGCAGGCUGCUAGUCAGGAUGGGCAAACAGGAGGAAGCGCUGGAGGCCCUGCGGUUUAACCUCCGACCCAAGAUGUCAGCGUUUGGUGAGUACAGCGAGGAGGUUGCAGAGUCAUACCAGCUGAGCGGCACCAUCCGACUCACACAAGGCAACAUGGAGCCCGCACUCAAGAGCCUCAAGAAGGCCCACAUGAUCCAGUCGAACCUGUUUGGUGCCGGGCACAAAAAGGCCAAGGCAACACAGCAGCUCAUCGAUAUGAUCACAAACACUCCUUCUGUUGCUGCCAAGCAGACAUCUACAGACAGCAAGAAGCCGCACUUCUCAGCUAUCGUAGGGAGGAACACUCAGCUUGGCGGGUUCAAGACUGUGUUGUUUUGAGGAGUCAUAAUGUCAUACGUUGUUGUCAUAAAAAUCUUUAUCAGCUUUUGAAGAAACAAAAUUAAUUAAGUGCAAACAAAACAAAAAAUAC